AUGAAAUAGAUUAAGUACCUAGUUUUAACUAUUUUCAUAGUAAACAUAUCGAAAUUAUAAGCUCAGUAAUGCCAGAUAGGAUGCCAAGCUUGUGUUACGCUUAAAAAUAAUAUAUCCUCUUGUAAUUAAUGUUUAAGCGAGUAUCAAUUAAGCAAUGGCUCUUGCAUCUAUCAAAACUGCCAGUAGAAUUUAUUCUACUAAAAUCACAAUAACUAAGAUGAAAACUCUUAAGGAAGCUGCUAGUCUAUUUGUGAUCCAUUAUACUUUGCUGAUUUACCAACAAAUACAUGCCAAAAAUAGGUCAAAUGCUCGUCAAUUUACUCAACUCAACCAAAUUUUUUAAACAACGGCAUUCCAACAGAUUUUUUUACAUAUCAAAAAUCCUAUUAUGUAUCUCUGUAAUAAGGAUAUCUCUCUAUCUAUAAUAAAAGUAAGUUAGAUUUGGUAAAAAAUCUUAGCUACUAAACAGAUGAUUUAAGAAUUUAAAACAUAGGAGAUUUAGUAGUGAUUCUCAAAAAAGACUUCUCAAUCAACAUUUGGGACAUUAUUAACGAAAACAGCCUAAAUUUAAACCAGCCUAUAAUCUUCUCUUUUGAAAAUAAAGGUAAUAUUAUUUAAAUGCUAUAAUCAACAAAUUCAAGCAGAAUUUUUGCUAUUUUUGCUAACGAAAUAUUAGAGAUUGAUUUAAUUGCGCAAACAUUCUCUACUUUAAUACUUUAAUAAUCUAUUCAAAAAGUAAAAAUAAUAACAUCAUCAAAUGAUUUAAUUACCCAACAUUUAAUAAUUCUAACUGGGUAAAGCCUCCUAGAUUAUAACUACAUUACAAAAUAAUCAAACCUAAUUUCAAAUGAAAAUCAAAUAAUUUCAGAUUUUGAUGUUGGAACCUUCACUGGAACAAAUAGUCAGCUAAUUGUUCUCUCUAAUCAAAUUUAGCUAAUAAUUUACAAUUUUGCAAACAAUUAAUAUUAAUAAUCAUAGCAAACUUUUUCUUUGAAUUUUUAAUGUCAAUUUUUAAAGAAAAUCCCUUUAAAUUUUGACCCUCAUCAAGAAAACGAAUCAUAAAUGGUAUUUGAAAUUGUUUUAUUUUCUUAGAACUCAAUUUAAAUAAUUAGGAAUAGCAAUGUUUAGGAAUCCUCUUUGGAGUUAGAUAUCAUAGAAAAUUUCAAUCUACCGUUUCCCACUCCUUCUUCUUAAACCAAUUCAGUAGCCCUAACUUUCUCUCCAUAACUAUUAAUAUCGUGUCAUUAAAAUGGAGAUAUUAUUUUUUAUGAUGCGUCUAGAGGAAUUAAUAUUAAUCUUAUUCAAAAAUUGAGUUUUUAGAAUUAAACAUGCCUCGAUUUAUAGAAGUUUCAUGAUAACAGAAUUGCAGCACUUAUGGGCUAAAAUAUUUUAUUAAUUGAUCCUCAAUAACAAAUUAUUUUAAAUUAAUUUACUAAUUUAACUAACAUUAUUUAGAUCGUAUCAAAUUAUGAUAAAUUAGCAAUUAAUUAUAAUAAUUGCAUUCAAAUUGUCACCUCUGAAUUUAAAACCUUAUUUUUGGAAUGCUAGACUAUUUUUUCAAGUAAUAAUUUAAAUAUUGUAUUGAGCUAUGAUUCAAGAGUUUUCAUUUAAAAAGCUUAAGAAAUUUCAAUAUAUUAAAUUAAUUUUGAAAGUUAAUAAGCAUCAAAUAUAAAUUAAAUAUUUACAACAAAUUAGAUUUAAUACUUUAAUAGAAUACAAAUUUUUAACUCUGAUUAAGACACAAUAUUAAAUAAAUACUCUAUUGACGAAAUAGUGUAUUUUGACGCAUAGAGUAAUUUUUACAUUUUAGAUGGAUAUCUUUCAAACAGCUAUGUAGUGAAAAUUAGUUUGCUAAAAAGGGUUGUUUCUGUUAAAAGAGUAAUAAACGAUGCAUCUGUUUACUUUUUAGCAGGCUUUUAAUUAGUUUAAGGCAACAAUAGCAUUUUUUUAGUAUCCAAAAAUUUAAGUUACUCUCUUUUAAUUCAUACUAAUAAUUAUUUCCCAUCAAUUGAAGAGCCAAAAAAAAUAAUAAACGCAUAUGGAAAUGUGUUUUAUGGCUUUACGAGAACUAUUUUGCUAAGCACUUCCACUCUUUUCAAAUAAUUCUAAGUAGAUAUUAAAAGAAAUAUUACAUAUAUUGGAGGUCAUGAUCAUAUUAAUAUUGGUUUAGCAUCAGGAUCUGCUUACAAAAUGAUUGGAUCUCCUUUAAACUUUCAAAUCUACUAUGGGAGUUAGUUAGGCUUGAUUUAUACUGGUAAAUACUAAUAAAAUAGGUACCAAGUAUUACCAACAAAUUAAAUAUUAUAAUAGAAUAAUAAAAAUGAUUAAAUACUAGAAAUUAUUUAAAGCGCGAAGCUAGGAAUGAUUAAUAAAGUCUUGUUUGUUGGAACUAAAACUAGUUACUUGUUGUUGCUUAUAGUAAAAAAUCGUAGAAAUUCUACUAUAAAGGAAUGA